AUGUCGAAUAGAAUUGUCGGCAAUUACUAUCACUUACAAAAACAAAUUGGUUCAGGUAGCUUUGCGACAUUGUAUGAAGGAGAAGAUAUAAGAGAUGGUACAAAAAUAGCUAUAAAAUUAGAGCCAUUAAAUUCAAGUUAUCCCCAAUUAAAUUUUGAGUCUAAAUUAUAUACAUUAUUUUCGGGCUCCUUCCAAGUUCCAAGAAUGCAUCUUUUUACUAAAGAAAGUCGUGAAAAUGCAAUGGUAAUUGAUUUAUUAGGUCCAAGUCUUGAAGAUUUAUUCAAUUUAUGCGGCCAACAACUUACUAUUAAGACAGUAUUAAUGCUUACAGAUCAAAUGAUUAAUGCUGUUCAAUUCAUUCAUGAAAAAAGUUUUAUUCAUAACGAUAUUAAACCUGAUAAUUUCCUUAUGGGACUUGGAUCCAACAAAAAUCAAGUUUACAUAAUUGAUUUCGGUCUAUCGAAGAAAUAUCGUGAUCCAACUUCACAUAAACAUUUACCUUACGAAGAAGGACGUUCCUUAACAGGUACUCCUCGAUAUGCCUCAAUAAAUGCAUUAAACGGAAUACGGCAAUCACGUCGCGAUGAUAUGGAAUCAUUAGGAUACGUUUGGCUUUACUUAUUACGUGGAUCUUUACCAUGGAUGGGAAUUAAUGCAAGAAAUACAGAUCAAAAGUACUCCAUGAUCAUGGAAGCUAAAGCAGGUAUAUCUCCAGAAGACCUUUGCGCAGGAUAUCCUAAAGAAUUCGUUGAAUACUUCAAAGAUGUAAGAAAUCUUAAAUACGACGAAGAACCACAUUAUGCAAAAUACAGACAACUAUUCAGAGAUGCAUUUAUUCGUUACGGAUACAAGUUUGAUUACAAUUAUGAUUGGCUUGAUUCUCGUGGCCGUCUUAUCAUGCAGAAAACACCAAGAAAGUUCCCAAUAUUUGUUCGUGACCCACCCUCACCAAAGAAAUCAGAAAAUCAUGGCCCUGUUCCCACAAAACUCCAAAUGUACAAAAAGAUUUCGGAAGAAGCAAAGAGAUAUGAAGAGAUACCAACAUAUGUAUCUGAGGAUGAAGAGAAGGGAAGCGAAACACCAACUUUAAUGUCCAGUGACUCAGAUGCGCCAGAAACAUAUGAAGCAGUCGUAUCAGAUUCAAAGAACAAGACAUUUGAUGGAUCAAGUGACAGUGAAACAUCAUCCGAUAACAUUGUUAAAGUUAUUCCGGCUAAUUUCUCAGGAUCUACUGAUGAAUGGAAGAAAGAACCGAAAUAUACACCAAGAAGACAACCAUUUAAGAUGCCUAAGGUUGAUCAAACAAUUCCAAGAUGGAUGUUUACUAACUAA